UGUCGCGAGAAAGAUUAAAGUUCAAUGUCAACCCAUAUGGUAGCUCUUGCCGGACCCUUUCGGUUCGGAUUCCUGAGAACUCACCGCUUUCUACCUUAUUAUAUAUUAAGAAUGGACAGCGCAACUUACCACUUCCAAUAAUCGAGGACGACUUGAGAGGUCGCUCAUCGAGCACCAAAGCAUUGGUGACGGGUAAUGGCAUCUCAGCUCACACUCUCAGACGGGAGAAAUCUCGAUUACUGCAUCAGCGGAGCCAAAGACGGAUUCCCCCUCCUCUUCUCGCACAGUAGUCCCGGCGCGUGGACGCCCGUUCCGCACCUGGCCAAGGCAUGCGCAACCCACGGCUUCAUGCUCGUCACCUGGAGCAGGCCUGGGUUCGGCGGAUCGACGCGGAGAAAGGGUCGCAGGGUAGUGGACGAGGUGGACAGUGUACGAGCGUUGCUCGGCCACCUUGGUCGUGAGAGGUUUGCGGCCAUGGGGUGGUCGGCUGGCGGGCCGCAUGCUCUCGCUUGCGCGGCAAUGAACGGCUGCGUGGCUGCCGUUGUAGUUGCUGGACUUGCCCCGUAUGAUGCCGAAGGGUUGAUGUGGGCGCCGGAUAUCUCAAAGCAUGUGGGCAGGGAAGGAGAGAGUGCCAUUAGGGAGAAGUACGAAGCGCGACGUCCGGGGAUGAUCAGCAUCACGGCCGCGGAGAUCUUUGCAGGGGAGAAGCCGGGGCCGGACAAACAGGCGAUGAGCGACAUUCCGGGCCUGGCGCAGUGUGGAGAGGACAGCUUCCGCGAAGCGCUGAAGUUCUCCGUCGAUGGCAUGGUCGACGACGAUCUCGCUUUCCGCGAACCUUGGGGCUUCGAUGUCGCGGACAUCGCAGUGCCGGUGUUCCUGUACCACGGCACGUCGGACCCUUACGUCCCAUUCACCCACGCUCAAUGGAACGCAUCGCACCUUGGCCGCGUCACGACGCAUUUCGAAGAAGGGGGAGGCCAUGUGUCUGUGAUCCAGGACGUCGACGGCAUGCUGCGUGAGAUCAUUGGAGCUAUGCCAAGUUGAGGCAACUCGAUAUUCCGGGCUGGGAAGGUUAUGUAAAAUCACAAAAUCCUGAAGGAAGGACUGCGUUGCCAUGUCCUUCGCAGAUAGGGGGAAGAUAGAUCUUCAGGGUGGCGUU